GGUUCGUGGCCCACUGGGCGAAUCCUUCAACGAAACACUCGGCGCCGCGUGCUGAGCGCUGAAGUACCAUGCAUCUGGAUCUUCUUCCCCAGCGAUCCGCAUCCGUCCAGCGGCUGGCCAGGGGCUAAUCUUGACGCCUUGGCGAGGUGGGCGGACAAAAGCCCCCCCUCAUCUCCACCUACGUAAACGGGCAUUCGUGCUGUACGUAAGAUCAAGCCUAAACGAAGGGGACGCCCGCACGUCCGCCAGCGGGAGGAGAUGGUAGAAUACAAGCAUGACGGUGUAAGUCAUGACGACGGUUUACGUAGACCUAGCUCUUGGGGGAUUGUACCCCGGCCGGGAGGAAUGUGCCGCUGUCCCCGUCUAUUCCCGCAACCGACGGGAACCCUGGUGGGCCCGUCAAAACCUCCAUUCCCAUCCGGCGCCGCCAGCACACGAGGCCCCGGACUCUCGCUACGCUGUACAUGUGGAGAAGCCCUAUUUGUGGGAAAUGCUCAAAAGCCAGCCUCCCUCCAUCAACCUCGGGCAGGGUCGCUUGUCUUGGACAUGGACGCAGUAGGUCUUGAUACUCCUUGACACCCUCAACAACUUGCUCUAUCAGUCGUUGAUGUCUGACAGCUUAUCGAGACAGAAUGACUUCCAGUGCCAGGGGGCACACGGACCCCUCUCGGGAUGAUAUCGCAACCCACAGCCACCAGGGUGGAGCGGUCAGCCUCGCCAGCAGGCAGACGGCCGCCUCGCCGGCGAGGGAGGUCGUCGACGAGAACACCGAGAUCACACACCUCUACCUGACGUUCGACACUCCACUCCCGAUCCCCGACACCACGCCUCGCCAGGACGACCAGACGACGCCCACGGCGCCCGCGCCGGACCUCACCCGCUUCGCCGACCCGCUGCUCUGGCCGCGCGGGCGCAAGAACCUGAUGCUCUUCCUCUCGUGCGUCGCGACCCUCCUGACGGCCUACACGGCGGGCUCGUACGCGCCCCCCGCGCGCGGCAUGGCGGCCGACCUGCACAACGAGGGGACGGGCGCGGCGUCGACGACGCACCUGGCCGCGCUGGCGGGCAUCACGACCUUCUGCUUCGGCUUCGCGCUGGCGCCCAUGGUGCUGGCGCCGCUGUCCGAGGUGGGCGGGCGGUACCCCGUCUUCGCCGCGUCGGGCGUCGUCUUCGUCGCGUCGCAGGCCGCGUGCGGCGCGGCCCGGUCGCUGGCCGCCAUGCUGGCCGCGCGCCUGCUGACGGGCGUCGGCGGCUCCGUCUUCAGCACCAUGGUCGGCGGCGUCAUCGCCGACAUGUGGCGCGCCGAGGAGCGCAACACCCCGAUGGCCCUCUUCAGCGGCGCCGUCCUCGUCGGCACCGGCCUGGGGCCCAUGGCCGGCGCCGAGAUCGCCGGCGGGGGGGCCCGCGGCGCGUGGAGGUGGGUCUUUUGGCACCAGGUCAUCGCCGCGGGCGUGCUCAUGGUCGCCCUGAUCGUGCUCUUCAAGGAGAGCCGCGGCUCCAUCCUGCUGUCGCGCAAGGCCCGGGCGUUGAACAAGUGGUACGAGGAGAUGGAGCAGCAGGGCUACUACGGCGUCUGGGUGGAAGACGCUCCAACGCUCCGGUGUGGAGGGGGAGGGCAAGAUUCAGACUUGGAGGCGGGUACGCCGGACAAAACAGCCGAGAGCGCCGACGAGAAGGCUGUGUCGCGGCGCGAGUCCGUGGCGACGUCAACUUCCCUCCAACGGAUCCGGUGGAAGGUCAAAUCUGACGAGGAGAGGGCGUCGAUCGGCAAGGUGAUCUCCAUCUCGGUGUCCCGGCCGUUCCACCUCUUGUUCACAGAGCCCGUCGUCUUCUUCUUCUCACUUUGGGUCUCGUUCGCGUGGGGUGUCCUCUACUUGACCUUUGGCGGCAUCCCUCUCGUCUUCGAGGUCGUGUACGGCUGGCGCAUCAGGCAGGCGGGCUACGUCUUUGGUGCCAUGAUCGUCGGCUCCGUCGUCGCCACGGCCGUCAGCAUUCUCCAAGAGCGGCUCCUGCAUCACCGCAACUGGGACGCCAACUCGGACGUCGACACGGCCACGCUGUCCCCCGUGUGGCUCUUUCUCCGCCGGCGUUUACCAACCGAUGUGCCCGAGUCCCGUCUCUAUUUCACCUGCUUGUCGGCCACACUGCUACCCGUAGGUCUCUUCCUCUUUGGUCUCGCAUCUCGACCGGACUCGCACUGGAUGGUUCCGACCGUGGGGGUGGGAGUGGCGACGGUAGGCAUCUUCUCGGUGUAUCUGGCCACCUUCAACUAUCUCGCCGACGUGUACCAGACCUACGCGUCAUCGGCGCUCGCGGCGCAGAGCUGCUGCCGCAACAUCCUCGGCGGCAUCUUUCCGCUCGUGACUGGGACGCUGUUCCAGAAUCUGGGGCCGGCCAAUGCUGGCAUCGUGCUCGGAAGCAUCGCGGUAGUGCUGACGCUUGUGCCUUGGGUCUUGGUGCUGUAUGGCGAACGCAUCCGGGCAAGAAGCCGGUUCGCCGUGGCGUUGGAUAGCAAGAUAUAAACGUCGGGCAAGGGGACAUAGCCAGGAAGAUAAUUGUCGCUAGCCCGCGGAAUGCACCGAGCCGAACUUGGGUUGAGCAUUUUCUCGAUUUCUGUGCUGCAGCGUGAUUGAAGACGGUGGCGGUGACGCAACAACUACCAAUAUGCCCUGUCCUGCGAAAAGCCAACCUUCCUUCACCUUACGCGAGGUGGAACCAGGCCACAAGGCCGCCGAGUCAACAUGGUAUUGCCAGGGUGAAUAAGCAUAAGCAUAAGAAUGAAGAGCCACGACAUUCAUAAGCAUGUCUGAUCCUCUUCACAGCCUGGGCAAGCCCGGACGUGCAAUGAGAAAAAAAAGAAAAAAGCUGUUCGCGUCACCUCGAGGCAGUGUAAUACGAGGGACACAGUGAGGGAAACCAUAGGCAAGCCCAGCGGGAAUCCCUCGAGUGGCAAAAAUAAGAAUAAUCGUAUGAUUCUAGUCCGUAGACUAGUUUCAGAGAUUAAACUGAAAAGAACAGAUACUACACUUGAUCUAAGCCAAAAGGCAAAGAGAGCUAAGGAAAAAGGAAGAAAACAGGCAAAGGAAGGGGAGCGAGGGUGGUAUAUAUAGGCAUCGCUUUGUUGGCCCGUGCAUUUUGCUGCAGACAUUUUGCUGCCGACAUUUUUUCUCCAUCAAAUCCAGCCACACCGCCCAAAGCAAACCUGCGG